CUUUAAUUCUCGAGUCUUCAAGCAAACCUCUUCUUCUCUCUGUCCCCUUCCAACAACAAAAUCCCUUCAGUCUAUCUCUCCUUAAGACAGGUUCGGUUCAAACAAAAGAGAGAAGGACAUUAAGAUAAAAAGACAAUCGAUCAGAGACGGUGCGUGUUGCUGAGUUAUUUUUUCCAAAUGCAAACGUCUCAGAAACAUCACAGUGCGGCUGGACUGCACAUGCUGUAUCCUCAAGUCCACUGUUCACCUCAGUUCCAAGUCAUAGACAACAAGAAAGGCUUCUCUGAUACCCCAUCCAAAGAAAGCUUCUUCACCCUCGAAUCCUCCACUGCUUCUGGUCCUCUUCCUUCCUACGAGUCCCCUUCCGUGAGCAUCACAUCUGGCCGCAGUCCGUUUUCUCCUCAGGCCUCAUGCAUCUCCGACCUCCAUCCUUCCCCUGAAAACAUCUACGGCUCUCCCUUGAGUGGUGCGUCUUCUCACGUCUACGAUGAAGCCCAUGUCAAGAACAAGAUCCGAGAGCUUGAGGUCUCGCUUCUGAGUGUUGAUCCCAAAGUUGAAGAGUACUCAGGCUUCACCCCCGCUGGAAAGUCAUGGAACUGGGAUGAGCUCUUGGCGUUGACUCCACAGUUGGACUUGAAAGAGGUGCUGGUUGAGGCAGCUCGGGCUGUCUCUGAAGGGGACUUCGCUGCAGCGUGUGGUUUCAUCGAUGUCUUGGAACAGAUGGUGUCGGUCUCAGGCACUCCGAUCCAGCGGCUAGGUACUUACAUGGCGGAAGGGCUUAGGGCGAGGCUUCAAGGUACAGGUGGCAAUAUCUACAGAGCCUUGAAAUGCAAUGAACCAACGGGGAGGGAGCUCAUGUCUUACAUGGGAGUUCUCUAUGAGAUCUGCCCUUACUGGAAAUUCGCGUACAAUGCUGCAAACGCUGCUAUCUUGGAAGCAGUGGCUGGGGAGAAGAGAGUCCACAUCAUCGAUUUCCAGAUUGCUCAGGGAUCACAGUACAUGUUCCUCAUCAAUGAGCUUGCUAAACGCCCUGGUGGACCACCGUUGCUGCGUGUUACAGGUGUUGAUGAUUCACAGUCAAGGUAUGCUCGUGGGGGAGGGCUCAGUUUAAUAGGUGAGAAGCUUGCAGAUAUGGCGCAGUCACGCGGCGUACCGUUUGAGUUCCACGAUGCGAUCAUGUCCGGGUGCAAGGUGCACCGGGAACAUCUUGGUGUGGAGCCUGGCUUUGCCGUCGUUGUGAACUUCCCUUACGUGUUGCACCACAUGCCUGACGAGAGCGUGAGCGUUGAGAAUCACAGAGACAGGCUGCUUCAUCUGAUCAAGAGCCUCGGACCGAAACUCGUGACGCUAGUGGAGCAAGAAUCCAACACCAACACUUCUCCCUUUUUGUCAAGGUUUGUGGAGACGCUUGAUUACUACACAGCGAUGUUCGAGUCAAUAGAUGCGGCGAGGCCAAGGGAUGAUAAGCAGAGGAUCAGCGCGGAGCAACACUGCGUGGCGAGGGAUAUAGUGAACAUGAUAGCGUGCGAGGAGGCGGAGAGAGUUGAGAGACACGAGGUGCUAGGGAAGUGGAGGGUGAGGAUGAUGAUGGCCGGGUUCAUGGGCUGGCCUGUCAGCUCAUCCGCAGCGUUUGCAGCGAGUGAGAUGCUUAAAGGUUAUGACAAAAACUACAAGCUAGGGGAAAGUGAAGGAGCGCUCUAUCUCUUCUGGAAGAGGAGACCCAUGGCUACAUGUUCCGCUUGGAAACCAAACCCAAACCAGAUUGUGUAAGGACAUGGUGGUGAACUGACAGUGGAUGAAGAACAAGAGCACAACACACACAUCUGUCGCAUGUAAAGUUUUGAGGAUGUGCAAUGUUGUUUAUAAGUUGUAACAAAAACUAUGCAAAUCAACUAGUUAUAUAUAUAUUUGUAUACAAAGUAAGCCUGGUUGUUGUGGGAUUGGGUGUUAGUAAUGAUAUAUAACCAAAGCACCAAAGCUUUAAUUUAACCA